ACACUCCUACAUGACAAAGCGGACAUGGAGUGAGCGCGCCGCUGGAAAAUAGAAACAGACGAACGUUUUGGGAGGAAAGAUAGCCAAUCUAGUUCUGUCUUUUUACAUUGACCUUGGGUUGUUGUAAACAAUUACAGUAAACGUUUGUUCAUGUAUAGUUGCUGAAACAUCUAUAUUUUUCACUCAAAGUUAACUUUACGCGUAUUUUUCCUUCUGCGAACACAAAUUGAUAUAGCCUAUUUAUCCAUAGAGCAUCAUCGCAGAAGCUUGAUAGUGCUGAAGUGAGAACACCAGCGGAUGUGAGGAGAUACUGUUUUUAUAGACUCAACCCCUUUUUCUUUCAAUCAUUCUCUUUCUUUUUGUUUGGUCCAACAAUAGAGAGAGAGAAAAAUAGGGAGAGAGAGAGAGUCACAGGCAUUGGACCUGCUUUUAUGCCGUCAGUCUUGCGGACCCAGAGAUGGACGUGAGAUUUUAUCCAGCACCCCCUUCAAGCGUGGGCUCAUGUACAUUACCAACUGAUUCAAGUUGCCUGACCUCUUUGGACUAUUAUCACUGCAACAAGGACUCGGCUUAAUCUGGAUUCCGGAAACCGGCUCUACAAAUCCAACCUGCUCCUCCUAGUCAUCCCAAUCACAGGAUGUGACCUCACACUUUUACCCACAAUCCCCCUGGACGGCAUCGAGCAGAUACGGUGCAUCAGGCGACCGCGGAGUUCGACUCUAUAGCUCCCUGCCCAUGCGCCCCAACCCCGACGGGAAGAGACUGCCCUCUGCUGGGUUUGAUGGUGACAACAUGUACAUGAAUGAAAAUAACCAGGAGUUUCUCUCCCCAAAUCAGAGCUAUUCCGGACAUGGAGGAGGAGGAGGCGGUGGGAACGGUGUGGGGGACGAGGACUACGAGAUCCCCCCCAUCACCCCUCCUAACCACGCCGAGCCCUCCCUGCUCCACCUGAUGGACCCAGAGUCGGGCUACCUGUGCCACUCCCUAGGGGCCCACCACAACGGCCUGCUCAACCCCUACUCCUACCAGGAGCUGCCCGCCCUCAUGAUGUCCAAUAUGCUGGCCCAAGACGGCCACCUGCCCUCCAGCCAAAUGCCCUCGAUCCAGGAGAUGACUCGCCACGACGGCUCACAUUAUGACCUCAGCCGUCACAACCCCCAUCUGAUAAACAUGUCACCUAGGAUACUGUCCCAUCAGCCCAUGAGUGCACUGUCCCAACUGAACUCUCAGGUUGGCCGGAGCGCACUUACCCAUGGUUCUCCCUCACCUCCUGGAAGUAAAUCAGCCACACCCUCUCCCUCGAGCUCUACACAGGAAGAGGAAACCGAUUCCCACCAUAAGAUGACGGGCGAGAAGCGGCCUUCCUCAGAGAUGAUGAAGCCCAAGACCAAACCGCAGAAGAAGAAGAAGAAAAAGGACCCCAACGAGCCGUCGAAGCCCGUGUCAGCCUACGCGCUCUUCUUCAGGGACACCCAGGCAGCCAUCAAGAGCUCCAACCCCAACGCCACCUUCGGGGACGUGUCCAAGAUCGUGGCCUCCAUGUGGGACAGCCUGGGGGAGGAGGCAAAACAGGGCUACAAGAGGAAAACAGAGGCGGCGAAGAAAGAGUACCUGAAAGCCCUGGCCACAUACCGAGCCACUCUGGUUACCAAGACCUACAAUGACCCUGUGGAGACGAAAAGUGUCCAGACGAGCCAGCCUUCCUCCCACAUGAUGCCCCCCAAUCAACCCCUGUACAGCGUGCCACCCCAGCCCUCCUCCCCCUACAGUCUGGGGCCAGGAGGCUUCCCCCUGUCGGACCUGCAGAGCUACGCGGGGGCACCGCGUCACGCCCUUUCCCGGACCCUCAGCCAGUCUCAGAUGCUGCCCAGCAUUAGUGCCUCUCCCCCUUCCUCCUUCCAGAUCAGCCCGCCCUUGCACCAACAGCUCUCCAUGCACCAGAACUCCCUCCUCAACCAGCCAAUCCGCAUGCAGCACGGCCAGUCCCAGCCAAUCAUCUCCCACCAGAUGGGACUCCAGGCUUCCCUUCACUCACCUCCUCCUGGCCAGCAGGGAUUUUCCCACCUACAGUCAGAGUACCAGAAAAGUGUGGGUUCCCAGUCCCCAGGGGCCCCUAACCCUGGAGGGAGACAGAACCACGAGUGGGACAGUGAAUACUGCGAUCGGGAGUGUGGUGGCAACCACUGCAGUGGCAGCAUGAUAGCCAGGGACAAGCCACUCUACCUCACUUGAAACGGGAGGUCGCCGUCGACAAGAAAAGACACCAGGGAGUCAGCCCUCAACAUCCCCACAUACACCACCUCCCCAACCCCCCAACCCACUCCUACCACCACCAACCACCACCCUUUUUUUGUCAAUGUAAUCUUUUCGGUUUUUAGAAAGAUUUGUGCAAAGUUCCGAUGACUACUAGCGAUUUUCAUUUUUUUUCUCUCAGCGUAUUUCUUCUCCUGCCUGAUUCUAGAGCUCUCAUCUUUGUCUCAGAGUAAAGAAAAAUUGAAGUACCAUGAAAAUAGCCCCCCUCAGGGACUAAACUGAGCUUUAAUUGGAAUAAAAUGAGCAAAAACAUUCUUGUUCUUUUCCUUCUUCUUCUUCUCAUUGAAUCAUUUUUUUAUUUCUUUUGUUUUCUUUUCUUGUUGUUGUUGUUUUUAUUUCUUUCUCGCUUGCUACAUUUUCUUUUGCCAAUGACAGUCCCUGUACUGUAGGGAAAAUACUUUUCUGGUAGGUUUCAGCACACAGGCCUUGAUGUUACUGUUGCUUUGCUUUAGGGUCUGUGACUUAUAAUAAUACAAAGUGACGGGGUGGGAAAGGAUAAUUACAUUAUUCAACCUUUUUUUAAUGAAAGACCUGUGGAGGUUUACCAAGCUGUCACAGUGUGAUUGUAAAUAUCACUUUGAUCAAAUUGGGAAUUCGAAAUCCAGAUAGCUUUUCUUCUUCUUCUUUAGUAUUACCUGUAAGUCAUUGGUUUGUAUUUCAAAGUGUAUCUUGUGUGUGCGGUUGCCUGCCUGCAUGUGUGUGGGAGUGUAUGCGUGUGCUACUGUGCGUAUGUGUACGCGUGUGCAUUUGGGUGUGUCUGUGUGCAUGUGAGUGUGUAUGCGUGUGUGUGUGUUUUGUGAAUUUUAACAGGCUGUGCAGGUGGAUUUCAAAGAAGUACUUCACACACUCGAUCUUGCAUUAAAUCUGUGCUCUCUGGUAUGAUUUUUCCAAUAAAGUUACAUCAAAAACACAAUACAGAAUCUGUGUCCUGCAGAUCAUUAAAUGGAAAGAGAGAGAGAGAGAGAUAGAGAGUGAGAGAGAAGAGAGUAGAAGCAAGAGAAAGAGAGAGAGAGAGAAAGAGAGAGUAGAAGCAAGAGAAAGAGAGAGAGAGAAAGAGAGAGUAGAAGCAAGAGAAAGAGAGAGAGAGAGAGAGAGAGAGAGAGAGAGAGAGAAAAUGGGAAUGAGGAAAAGCGAGACAGACAUAGUGAACACUCGUGUUGCCUCAAAAAUCAUUGGCUACAGUCUUUGUUGAUUAGAUUUUUUUUAUUCACCUGGUCGUGUAAAUUGUCAAUAUUCACCCACUCAACAUGAAGAGGGAUCUAAAAAACGAACUAUAUGUGAAUGAAUACUUGACAGAAACAUAGUAGUGGGUUUCAAGGUUUCCACUAUCUUCUUAGGUGUUUUUGUUGUGUUGAUCUCAUCUUUAAGUUCUGUGAAAAAUAUGAAUGCAUUUGAUGAGAAAGAUGUUCUUAUUUUCACUGUAGCAUAAUUUUUUUUUUGUUGUAAUGGAAAUAUAAUAACAUUCAAGUUAUAUAUAUAUAAGCCUGACAAUUGUAGUUAUUUUAUUUGUAAAGCCGUUAUUUUUAUUUUGUAAUUGUUAUCAACAUCUUUUUUUUUAAGUUGCCCAUCAGCUAUUUGACAGGUUUGCUAUUUAUGAAAGAACAAGAGUACAUUUUUUGCUUCUUACAAUGGAUGUGCAUUUUUAUUCAAAUUGUAUUGUUUAACUUUUAGGUUUGAUGAUGAUGAGGAUUGCUUUGGUUUCUUCCUCUUUUUUCUGCUGGUUCUUUCUUUCCUUGCCAGUGACAUCAUUUUGUGUCACAAUGCUUCUUUUAUUUUAAGUCUCCAUAAUAAAAAAAAAGUGAAAAGUGAA